GGGUGGUCGGGUUUCGGCCGUCACGUGGUGCGCGCUGGUUUCUUAUCACGUGGUUGCCGCCCAGGUAAGAAGAGGCCGUUCUGCCUGGGUGUGGGUUUCUUUCUCCGCCUCACUUGUGGCGCUUGGUAUUCAGCCCUCCUCUACCUGCGCAGGCUGCAUGAGAGGGGGACGGGCUCCCGUACUCCUGCUCAGCGGAGGGGCCGCUCUGCUCUUGUCGCUUCUUUGGAUGCCGGCGCUGCUGCCUGUGACCUCCCGCCUUCUAUUGCUACCCCGAGCCCUGCUGUCCAUGGCCUCAGGAAGCCCUCCGCCCCAGCCCUCACCGGCCUCGGGCUCCGGCUAUGUUCCCGGCUCGGUGUCUGCAGCCUUUGUCACCUGCCCCAAUGAGAAGGUCGCUAAGGAGAUUGCCAGGGCUGUGGUGGAGAAGCGGCUGGCAGCCUGUGUCAACCUCAUUCCUCAGAUAACAUCCAUCUAUGAGUGGAAAGGAAAGAUUGAGGAAGACAGUGAGGUGCUGAUGAUGAUUAAGACCCAGAGUUCCUUGGUUCCCGCGUUGACAGAUUUUGUUCGUUCUGUGCACCCUUACGAGGUGGCCGAGGUGAUCGCAUUGCCCGUGGAGCAGGGGAACUCCCCGUACCUGCAUUGGGUGCGCCAGGUUACAGAGUCAGUUUCUGACUCCAACACAGUCCUGCCAUGAUGAGCCCUGCGUCUGCCGUGUCCAUGCCCCCCGACUUCCAGGUGAUGGCCCCUAAUAAAUGUUAUCUUUGGUUCUCUCUCCUUUUGCCUUUUUCAUUGCACGUCUGUGAAUUGG